AUGGCGGGUCGUUACAUUAAGGAGAACCUAAUUGUGGAAGCUACCCCAGUGAGAGUCGAGGAUCGAAUGGUGAAACAACUUAGGGGUAAGGAAAUUCGUUUGGUGAAAGUUAUUUGGGGAGGAGCUACACCUGAAAGUGCUACUUGGGAUAUGGUGAGGCCUCAGUAUGACCAGAUUGCUAGGGCCAUAGAGAUGAUGGCCAUGGCGAUGCAACAACAGAGUGCUCACUUUGCUCAGAUGAAGGCAGGUAGAGCUGCGGCUGAGGCAGCUAGAGCUGUGGCUGAGGCAGCUAGACCAGUGGUCUCUCAGGAUGAGAGAGAUUUAGCAGAGUUCAGGGGAUGUCAGCCUCCUCAGUUCAAGGGGGAUCCAGAUCCUGAUGUGGCAGAUCAGUGGUUGAGUGAGAUGGAGAAGAUCUUCAGUGUUCUGGGAUCUUCGGAGGAGAGGAAGUUGGCUUAUGCAGUAUACAUGAUGGGAGGCGAGGCUGAGUACUGGUGGAGAGGCACUAGGCAGAUGCUAGAGAGCAGGGGUGUACUUAUUGAUUGGGAUUGCUUCAGGAGGGUCUUUUUAGAGAAGUAUUUCCCGGACAGCGUUAGAUACGCUAAGGAGGCGGAGUUCAUGAGACUACAUCAAGGGAGCUUGUCUAUUUUUGAGUAUGCCAUGAGGUUUGAGCAUUUAGCUCUGGAGUUUCCUGCUUUGGUUGAGAAAGCAAAGACUGUUGAGAGAUUGGAAGGUGGUGGUAGUAGUGGUAAGGCUGCUAGAGUUCAAGAGGGAUCAUCUGGGUCCAGGAAGGGAGGCCAGCAGAGGGGACCCUAUGAUAGACUUGUGCAGUCUCAAAGAGUAGCUGUUAGUAAGGGACCUCGCCCAACUACUCCUCAGGGUGGAGCACAGUCGGUGCGGUGCUACAGAUGUGGAGGAGCACAUGUGGGCAGAGAUUGUUCCCAUCCGGGGAAUGUUUGCUUCAGAUGUGAUUAUGCUCGAAGAGAUUUGGUACUUCCUCAGUUGGAGGAUUGGGUGGUGUUGUCAGUGGGUCAGGCUAAGUAG